AAGCCCUCACCUGCACCCUAGCCGCUAGAAACACUGCUGUCAGUCACGGAGGCACAGCAGCUACCGUCUGUUCUCCGCACCUAGCGAGUACGAUACGAAUAUCGCGUGUGCCAUGUGUACAGGAUAUUCAUCUGCUUGUGUUCAUUUCCCUCCACAACUCUAGUUUCCGCGAGGAAUCUACGCGCUUUCAGGAAUCGCAAUCAGUUUCUUCUGAGCGUGUGUUGAGUGCGUUUGUCCUGUUUUUGCCGGUGUGUAAGCUAGAGUACUGGGUAGCAGUGAGGGAGUGCAGGGUUGGACGAUCACAGGCGUACCAAUAGCCGUGUGGCAGAGAUGAGCGCCACGGCCGGUAGGAGAACCUUGGAUUUGCUGAGCUGGCUGCAAUCUCUUGACCUCGAGCAGUAUGUCGGUCGAUUCCAAACGAUUGGGCUCUUUGAGCCACGCCAAUGCCUAUCCCUGACUGAGAUUGGUUUGACACACGACUUGGACAUCCAUGAUCGGAGUCACCGGGAAACAAUCCUUGCUGCCGUCCAGCGUCUGGCCAAGGAGCUUUGUAGUGACAACCUGAGUGACGACUCUUGGCCAGAGUCUGAGCAAUCCUCGGGCAGGAACAGCGUUGUUUUCGGGACGAAUCACGCCGGAUCACUGGUGUCUUCCCACGACCCAAGCCAUCCUCCUGGUUUGGAAGUCGAUUUGAACUUGCCACCACCCCCUCCCGACCUGAUCGCCCCACCACCGCCACAGCAGGACCCAACGUCUUGGGACACGAACAUGCCUCUGCCACCACCGCCACCGCCAUCCAUUAUCAACGGGAGCAGCGCAACGAACAACAAUGUGUCUGCAUUCAGGGACACCAGCAACCAGCCCGUGACAUCGUAUAGUCCCACUAGUAUGCAGAGAAUGUACAAGCAACCUUCCUUGGUCAAUGUCCAGCAAGAUGAGUUUGAUUUGGACAUGCUGCUUGCCGAUCUUGUGGAGAUUGAGCAGAGCUCCAUCAUGCCAAACCUGCCCAUGACGCAACGGAAGAGUCCAGUAUCGCGUCCGGUCUCAUCUCUGUCCACACAGUCCUCGUCCAGUAGUCUCAAUGUCAAGCCGCCUGUCGUAACGAUACGGAGCACAGCAACGCGCUCGGAUUCGCAGAGCUCACCAGGUCCACUGUCCAAACCAGCAGCGGUAUCGCCUGCUGCCAACACUACUGUCGAUGAUGAUGACUUCUCAAAGAUCCUUGCUGACCUGGAGUCAUUGUCUUCCUCAACAGACAUGAUACAGUCUAGUUCUGAAAAGAAACCGGCUGUAACCGAAAACCAACACAGCUAUGGUAAGAGCAACGGAGCUCCUGCUUCUCACGCACACUCGGCCUCGCCAGCUAUGCUGCGGCAGCCCUCAGAGCUUGACUUGACGCAGCAGAUCAACAUCCUGUCAGGUGGUCUUGGAGCACCUGUGACGACUAGUGAUAUGAGUCACCAUAUGACUUCUCCGACCAGUUCGUCAUCAUUGUCGUCUCCAUCCUACAAUGGCUCUCACUUCAGUGCUUCAUCCACGUCAAGGCCUAGCUCGAUGGCAUCGUCUGAACCGUUCACCCCGUCAUCGUCUGCAACAUCCACCUUGUCCACGCCGCGCCAUACGUCCGCCGUGUCGCCACAUCCCUCAAUCAGCUCCGCUUCAUCGUCCUCGGAGUUGGACGAGUUAAAUCAACUCAGUGCGCACCUGACGCGAGAACUCAACUCUGACAACGUAUCCACCACGACGUCAGAGGAUCAACAGUCCACGUCUGUCCGCACUGUGCCUAACGACAGUCUCGUGCGGCUGCCAAAUAGCAAGUCACUGGUUCGAGUGAACGAGGAGUUAGCACACUUGGAGAAGGACUUGGCUGCCGAUGGCACCCUCUCCCGGACGGAGAGGGACAGUCGUCUGAAGCAGGCUAAGAUGCAAGUGGCCAUGGACAAACUGAAAGAAGCCAACAAGAAGAAGCUGGUACUGAAAGCAUACAAUGAUGACGGGAGUUCCAAAAUGAUCGUGAUCGACGAGAUGAUGACAGCGUACGAAGUGACGCAGAGGCUGAUUCGGAAAAACAGAGUCAAGGCAUCUACUAACUACGUUCUGAUAGAGCAGCUGGCCGAGCAUUAUAUCGAACGUCGUAUUGAGGAUCAUGAGGUGAUGGUGCCCAUCUUAGAAUGCUGGGGUGUCAACAGUCCCAACACCAUUCAAUUCACUGAGAAGCCAGACAAGUACAUGCUCUUCAAGCGACCGCAGCUGUUCAUGCCUCCAGGCCAUGACUAUGCGCCUGGCAAGAAGUCGACAGUCUCAGAACCGAAAAAGAGAGAUCUGAUCUUGAAGGAUCUCUUUGUAGCACAAGCGUUGCCCGACCUCGAAGGAAACCUCAUGGUGAAGGAAGGUCGUAAAGGCCCAUGGAAGCGCCACUUCUUCGUGUUCCGCAAGUCCGGCCUCUACUUCUCACCGAAAGGAAAGACGGUGGCCACUAAAGAUCUACAGCGUUUCACCGACCUGAAGGACAUGGUUCUUUACACGGGCGAUGCGUACCGCAAGAAGUACAAGGCGCCUACGGACAUGUGCUUCACACUGAAGCGGUUCUUAUCUUCUGACAGCCGCAAGAUGCUGCACUUCUGUGCAGAGACCAUGCAGGAUCUGAAUGCCUGGUCAAUGAUGAUCAAGUUAGCACAGCAUGGCAGCACUCUUCAGGAAAACUACGACCGCACAAACCGUGACCUGCCUUGGAUUGCAACAGAGACCGAGGAGGAGAUUGAUGGCCUGGUGCGAAUGCAGCGUGAAGAGCAGUUGGAGGCAGCGCAACGUCAGCGAAGCGCGUCCAUUGGAAAUCGCCUGCGUCACGGCACAAGUGCGAACAACACGCUGAGAAAGAAUGAGAAGGGUCCACGGACAACACGGUCGGCAACUGUUGCCGCAGCGGAGUUCACGCUACGCGCACGAGGAGGUUCAUUUCGGGCCGACUCCAGACCCAACUCUUCCUUCUCUCGCAGCAUUGCAAAUCCCGAUGAUGACGAGGACAUUGAGGAUUCUAACGAUACAACGAUGACGCCAUUCCAGCAAAUGUUCGGAUCGGCGUGGAAGGAGGCACCGGAAAAGCCUGCGGUAGAUGCAAGCGGAGGGCGCAAGAUCGAGCUGAUGGAGCCGGACUUCAACACAGCUGAUGACUUCUCUCCAACGCCGAUGGCCACAUCACCAUUCCUGGCUUCCGAGGAUGGCAUGUACAACCUUCGACUAACCUGAGCUCCCGCUUGCGCCGUUACUUAUUUCAUCUCUUCAAUGUAACAGACUCUCCGAACUUGACCACCUACUCUCCAUCUGGCAGCCAGAGCUGUUCCAUGUCUGUCAUCCUGGUGGCUGAUUACGACUGUGGAUUGCUCAGCAUCCACUUGUCUCACUUGAAUUUAGCAAGCAGCUCCGACAAGCGCUAAUUUACAAAUCCUCGUAGAUCGCAGCAGGAGUGUAGCUGGCUAUGCAGACUGUUCUGAUUCGGGUAGCACCAACACAACGAGUACACGUACAGCCCAUGAACAAACUGUACCCUUUUUUUGCAGUUUCCGGCACUUGAUCCUCCAUUCACAGCUUGACCGACAGCAGGCCAAUUGCAUUGUGCGUGUGUGAGUGUGUGUGUGUGUCACAAUUGCGCAGCAAUUAACGUUUGAUAUGGCUUUAAAUUUGGUGACGUAGUGGCACCGUUUGCCAGUUUCCCAAAUGGAUUGUUCUGCCUUUUUGACAAAGAUAUAUUCUAUUUUUGGCUCCUGCUCUAUCUAUUGGUAAUGCAUGUUUAUUACUUUGUUUGGCUGCUUUCUUUACUUAAAAUUGUGUGCCACAGUUCCCUAAGCUAUAUUGAGCACUGUGUGUCAUGGUGGAUGCUUUUGUAACUUUUCUCCAGGAAUAUAAGUUAUAAUUUAUAGAGUUGACUCCACAUGGAUUUCUUUUCCCCAUACUUGGUUGACAACAUGCAAGUUUAUUUUCUUGAUUCCAACACCAUAGUCGAUCGCCACUCCAAACAGGAAAACGUAAUGCCUGCAACAACAGGAAAACACUA